AUGUCAGCGUCAUCCGUCGCAACGCAAGGUAAGCCUGCUUUGACACUCGACGUCAAUCUCGGCCCUUCCGCUUUCGCAGGCAUCGGUGGUUCUGGCACCAGCACCACGCCACGUGCCCACCAGAACGCCAUCAACAACAAGAUUCACAAUCAGAUACACGCGUCUACGUUCGGUCCACAGGCCGACUACACGUCCAACAACGAUCGCGCCUACUCGCACGAUGACUUUGAGCAACAACCGGACAAUGGUGGCUUCAGUAGCGACGAAGAUGCGCAGGACGUCUACGCCGCUGCAACCAGCAGACUGAAGGCUGGUAGCUCGAGCGCUGGCGCCAGAGCCACCCGCGACGAUGCUCACACGGCAACACGCGCUCAACUCCAUCAACACAACCUCAACCGAAUCUCUGAUGCUUCUGACUACAAUCAGCGUGACAGCGUCGAUGUGUACGGUCAGGACGAGUAUUCUCAAGACUCGCAGUACCGCCACCAUCAGGUGGCAGACAGCAUUCACGACGAGAUGGUCUAUGAAGAUGAAGAGGAUGGCGAUGAGAUCGAAGAUGACGAGUCCGACCUCAGCUCUAGUCCCUCCAUUCCAGACGAAAACAUCGACUUUGACCUCGUUUACGCUUUGCACAACUUUGUCGCGACCGUCGAAGGUCAGGCGACCGUCCACAAGGGAAACAGUCUCACGCUGCUCGACGAUAGCAACAGCUAUUGGUGGCUCGUCCGUGUCCUUCGCACUCAAGAGGUCGGCUACAUUCCCGCCGAAAACAUCGAGACUCCCUUUGAGCGUCUCGCUCGUCUUAACAAGCACAGGAACGUCGACCUCACCUCAGCCACCGACGACGAUCACAUCCAAGUGCCAGAAAAGAUCUUCACCAGCCAUCUCGUCAAGGCUAGAAAUGCCACGGGCACCGCUGGCGUUUCGCUCCACUCCGGCAAGCUCUCUGCUCUCUCCCGGCGUGCACAGGGUGCUCCAGCUCCUCUGACCAAAGAGCAGAAGCGUAACAAGCGGGGCGUCAUCUUUGGUCCCUCGACCUAUCUCGAGCACAGCGGCGACGAGUACUCUGAUUACGACCAUGACGGAGAAGAGCAUGACUUGGAGUACGAAGAAGAUCCUGACGCCGUUUACGAUGACGAAGAUGAGCUUGGCGCAGAGGAGGCAGGAGACGACAACGACGAUGAUCAGGACAGAGACGGCCAAGACCACGAACACGAAAACAUCGGCUUCGACAAGAUGGAGCCUGAUGAUGGUAUGGAGUGGGAUGCGCAGGAGGCCGAGCGCAUUCAACAAAAGCACCAGGAAGUCCUGCGUUCCAGCAAUUCGGAGGAUCACCAAUCUACAUCAAUCCAGCAACAGGCCGCCGAAGCUCAGCAACAAAUCAUAUCGCAUCCAUCGUCGCAACAGCACACCAGAGCACUGACUGUUCCGUCACAAGCAUCUGCAGAACAGUCUCACUGGGCCAACGGCCGGCAAUAUCAGCAACAAGCACCACAGGGCUCCAGACAGCAGCAAUAUUCAGCCCAGUAUCAGAAUGAUGACGAUGCAUCCACCAAUGCUAAUGGACGAUCAUCGAUAUCAUCGCAUCAGCUCGCCGUUGCUGGCCCUAGCUACGGCCCAUUGUCAGCUGGUAAACUCGGCCCUGGUGAGCACGCGCGCACUGCAUCAGCAGAACGUUCCGUCUCUAGCAUUCAUUCGAACGGCUCGGUUAUCUACGAUGCCAACGGCCGUCCUACGUCCAUCGGUAUGAACAGGAACAGUAGCUCCAGCAGCAGCAGUAGCUUCCUUCCUUCGCAGAUUCAGCGCGAGCGUGCCAAUUCCGAUGCCAGCGCCAAUUCGACCGUCCUCGCAACCGAUGCUUCCUUGUCUUUAGACAAGGACAAGCGCAAGAGCAACCGCAGCAGCAGAGGUAACGACAGCUACGAUACGAGCGACGACAAGGCCGGUAAGAAACGUUCGGGCGUCUUCAGCCUCUUCUCCAGAAAGGACAAGAAGGAUCGCAAGAGCGGUAACUUUGACGAUCGAGACAGCAACUUGGGUAUCAGCUCCGAGGAUGGCUUUGUCGCAGGCAACGCUCGUGGGCGCAGCAGCCCUGCUGCUGGUGCCAACCCUAUCAACCCUGCAGUCCAAGCCGCCAACGCCGGCCUUCAGCCUGGUCAGAGUAUCGGCAUGGGCCGUGCCGUCCAGGAGCGCGACCGCGCCACUCAAGAGGCAUAUGUGAGACAAUUCUUGUCUCCCCAGAACAGCAGCGUCGAGCCCUCCCCUGUUCCAGGCUCGGCUGGCUUCGAAGACAAGAGACGCAUGCCACGUCCUGGUUCCUUGGUCGGCCCAUCAGGCUCGACGCCUAUGCUCAGCGUGCUCCGCGUGUUUGCCGGCGAGGGCGUCGACUCGGACUCGACCUUCAAGACGGUCUUGCUCAACGAAAGCACUCGCUCCAUCGAUCUACAGCGUCAGGCUCUGCAGCGCUUUGGCGUCGACCUGCAUGCCAUGGACCAGUACGUACUGACUAUUAAGCGUCUCGAAGGUGAUGAGCGACCUUUGGACGAGGACGAGCAUCCGCUUCAGCUCUUCAACACGCUUACCGAGAUCCUUCAGCAAGGCCAGGUGACCGUGCCUAGCGUCAAACGGUCCAGUGUUGGCUCCAUCUCAUCCAUCUCGUCCAAUCUCAGCACGCAUCCAGCCAUCGCUCGGCUCGGCAACGACUUUAGCGAUGACCACGCGGUCAAGUUCUACAUCAGCAGGCGCGAUCGACUACAAGGCUAUGUUGAUCUCAGUGGCAAUCACAGCGUUGACGUGUCGGGCCAAAUUGCUAAUGUUUCCGACCUUUCCAUGUCGCAGGACAACAGCAAUCCGACUUCAUUGAGCCUAGUAGGUGACGAGAACGCCCCAAGCAGCCACUCUUCGCUGCUUACGGGCGAGACGACUGAGACGGUCCAGAGUCCCACCGCACGAUUCGCGUUACGGCUCGUGAUCUACGCCUCUGAUCUUCCCGAAGGUGUCGUCUUUGAUCCGCAGUCGAACGCGCUAAUUCCUGCUGCUACGCUUCGCGAGCGUAUGUCGGAUCACCCAGAGACGUUGACAGAGUCCAACUCGCAGCAUCGUUUCCGCGAAAAGAUCCUCACUUUCCCGCGCAACACGACCGUUGCCGAAGUGGUUGAGGAAGGUCUCGACCGAUUUGGAAUCGCAGAAGGUGUUGUGCAAGGCGGCGAUGACGUUGAAGAUCGCCCUUCGAGACGCAAGAGCAGGCUUCACGUUAAGUACGGCCUUGCUGUGCAAGCAGCAGAUGGCGAACGCGCAUUGACGCCCACAAGCAAGGUGCUGGAUGCUUACCCUUCACCGCCUGCAUUCAAACUUGGAAUUGGCAACCGCAGAUCAGUAGACGGAAAACGUCGCAGCAUCGAUGCGGCUGCCUUGUUGGGUGCAUCUGACGACAUCGGUGCCAACGACCCGGUGUUUGUGCUGCGGCAGAUCACACAUUACCAUUCAGGACCUAAAGCCCCUCGACAGAUGACCAACACGGUUGGCGCAAGGGCGCACAGCCCCACGGACAACGUACUUGCUGCGGUGCAAGAGACUCGCCAAACGCAAGGGCAGCCACAUACAAGUCCUCAUCUUGGCGAAUCUAGAGACGUCUCGCAGGCUGCCCAAGCUCUGCCCAACCCCAACCAAGGCAAGACGCCGCAGGAAAUCAUUGCAGCUCAACGAGCCGCAGCGGCAGAACGCAACGCAGCUGUGUUGGGAGCUCAACGCAACACGCAGCAAGGUGUCGAUGUCGUGUUGACCAACCAAGCGCGCAUCCGAUCUUCCAAGCUGGGAUCGUCGAACAAGUUCCGCUAUUCUUAUGUUCCGGCGGACGGACAGGAACGCGAUAUCAGUGCAAUUAUUGAAGAGGUCAUGAAGGACCAGAUGCAGUUAUCGUACGAUACGCACACAACCUCGUCGGUGGACACGGGCCUCAGUCCGAGAGACGCAGAACGGCCAGCGUAUCGCAACAGGAGGAUGCAGAGCGAUUUGACGGCGGAUGACUACGCUUCUGCGCGAAGUUCGUCUGGUGCCGACAGCCCGCUCAGUCUGGACGAGGUCGAUUUUGAGGUUGGUGCUUCCGAUGGGGUGGACAAGCAGGUGAAUCAAAUAGGUGCAGCGGAUGCGCGAGGCGAUCUGUUGGAUACGUUGCUGCAAGCCGGUCCACAGUCGGAUGCGAAAGUCAAGGAGAAGAUCAAUGCGGUGCUGGAUCGCGUGCAGACGCCGACGAUGUCUUCGACUGCUGCACCCUCAAGAGAGUUGACACCGAGCGGCGUACGCUCGGAUUCGGCAGCAGGCGCAUCGACGAGCAGCAGGACAGCACCGGUCGUCGGAGCUUCCGCAGCAGCAGCAGCGGCGGCGGCGGCGGCGGCCACGACAGCAACCGUUGCGCACAACAAGCAGCUCUCUAUCGGAUCUGAGUUGUCCAACUCUCGCGACACAUCUAGCCCGCUCACUGUCGGAACGAGCUCUGCAGCGACGCACGCGACUAACACGACAGGGACGAUGCUGACGCCGCUGUCGACAUUUGUGCCUGCACGCCAAGCGACGGGGAUGCGAUCCGCCUCUGCGCCGAGCCCGGGCACAAGGUCGCGAUCAGUGACGCCGUCUACCUACCCUUCCGUUGCGGCGCUCUCCUUUGGAGCGGACGACGCGUCGCUUUCGCAUUUGUACACAAUCGUUGAUGCUGCGGCACGCCGGGAUCCACGCAAACGGCUGCUCACGCAUGCGUCCAUGUCGUCGAUAUCGUCGGCCUCUCCGAUCCUCACCCAAUCCGCACUCUACGGCAGCGUCAGUGCUGGCUCGAACUCGCGUCCGGGCAGCAAACUCUCUACGCACGCUUCGAAGCUGCAUUCCCUGCUCAUCGAUGAACGUGACGCUCUGAAACCAGAACCAGGCGGUCUGUUCGCUCCCGCAAUGCCGUUCGUUGAAGACAGAAAACUCAGAGAGGCCUACACUGGCAUACAGAGACAGUUGGGCGAUAUCGACGACACUCUCGACUCUCUCUUGGCUGACGUCAUUCGUUGGUUCUAG